AUGCAUUUCCAAGAUAUAGCUUUCGCUCUCUUUGCUUCUGGAGCAUUCGCUGCACCAGCUUCUUUGGUAGCUAGAGAUUCAUGCUCAGAUGCUUGCUACAGUGCCUACAACACAUGUCGCGGUGCUCCAGAUGCCAAUCGAUCCAGUUGCGCUUCCUCUUUCGCAUCAUGCCUUGGAUAUUCUCCAUAUGAUAGCAAUGGAUCCCUCGUCACUCCAACUGCAUGCUCCAGCCCAGUAGCAUCCUCCACCACCACCGCUGCUCCAACCACUACAGCUGAUGCGUGUGUAUCUCAAUGCAACACAUCAUUCAACAGUUGUCGAACUGCUCCAAAUGCGAAUCAAUCCUACUGUGCUUCCUCCUACGCUUCGUGCCUUGGAUACUCUCCAUUCGAUAACAGUGGAUCCCUCGUCACCCCAACUGCCUGCUCUAGUUCAGUAGCAUCCACAACCGCCGCUGCUACAACCCCUACAGCUGAUGCCUGUGUAUCUCAAUGCAAUGCGUCAUAUAAUAGCUGCCGCAGUGCUCCAGAUGCAAAUCGAUCCUAUUGUGCUUCCACAUACGCUUCAUGUCUUGGAUAUUCUCCUUUCGACAACAGCGGGUCUCUAGUCACACCAACCGCAUGUUCUAGCAGCCCCGUCACUACUUCUACCGCAGCACCAACCCCUACAGCUGAUGCCUGUGUAUCUCAAUGCAAUGCGUCAUAUAAUAGCUGCCGCAGUGCUCAGGAUGCAAAUCGAUCCUAUUGUGCUUCCACAUACGCCUCAUGUCUUGGAUAUUCUCCUUUCGACAACAGCGGGUCUCUAGUCACACCAACCGCAUGUUCUAGCAGCCCCGUCACUACUUCUACCGCAGCACCAACCACUACAGCUGAUGCCUGUGUAUCUCAAUGCAAUGCAUCGUACAACAGCUGCCGCAGUGCCCCAGAUGCAAACAGAGCCUAUUGUGCUUCCACAUACGCCUCAUGUCUUGGAUAUUCCCCCUUUGAUAACAGCGGGUCUUUAGUCACACCAACUGCAUGUUCCAGUAGCCCCGUUACUACUUCUACUGCAUCAGCGACUAGCAUUUCCGGUAUCCCAGGUGGAUGUAACCCAGCUCACUCUGGAUCCUGCCCAAGCUCCUAUUUCAGCACUGUUACCACAACCACUGCUCCACUUGCCGUCGCCACUGGAGCUGGUGGAGAUCAAACCUCAGUUGUUGAAGGUGUUCAGUGGACUGUUAAGCAAUUGACCAGAUACUGUUCCGAAGACGGAUCUGGAUGUGAUUACAACUUUGUCAUUUCAACAAAUGAUGGCCGCGCUGACGAGAGAUGUACUGUCAUUCGUAUGCCAGGAAAGGAUGCUAUUACUGAGUCAUGGUUUGAAAUCCCAUGUACUACUGGAUCUGCCAAUACCAUCUCUUGGGGAUAUUCUGACCAAUUCGGUGCCGAGAAUGCAUUCGCUGUCAUGACUGUCACCAACAACCAGUCAAAGACCAACGCUUAUUUCGGUGUCGCAAAUGUCAAUGGAAACCCAGUUACCCCUUCAAGCCCAGCUGGCUCCGGUAACUUUGGAGACAUUGGUCCUCAACCAGUUUACACUUUCUAA